AUGGAGGAACCCAGCGAGUCGCACAUGCGUGGUGAGGUCGGGCUUCUCAAGUCGAAGAUGAUGUGUCCGUCAUGCGCGAAGGACAUGACCUUGAGCGGGACAAGGCGGGAUGCCGUUGUGCUAGCUGCGGUUCCAUCGAGCGCAGCGGUGCUGCUAAUGUAUGCAUGGGCCUCGCGCAAGCCGGUUACGGUCGCCGCCCGCGAGACGGAAGUCUCAAAAGUUGCCACAAUUGACAUGUUCAAUUUUUGUCGAGACAUGAGCUCUAACGAGAUGUUGUCCAGUGCUACGUUGAACCCCGACGUUUGGUUGUUCGGCGACGUGGGCAGAACUACGGGCAAGCGGUUCGGGCGCAUUACGUUCCACGACUGUAUGAAGCCAACUUUGUCUGCCAUGAUUGGGCAGCACAUCCGACCAGAUGGCAUCGCGUGCAAAGAAGCGGCGCAAGAUGCAGCAGUCGUGCAAUGGAUACAUGGACUGCCCGAUCCUGCGACCAAUCUCGAACAUGCGCGAGCGACUGUUUUAAGUGACGAAAUGGGCUUUCACUGA